AUGCACGAUGAGGACAAUCAACUCGGCGAGCUCCUCCGAAAAGCAUCACCCAAUGGGAUAUCACCGGCCCCGAGCACGCAGCAGAUUCUUGAUGAAGUUGCACGAAUGCAGUAUGGUGAAAAGAAAAACAUCAAACAUAAACUUCAGCAAUGGUUCAUAGAAAAUCCAAGAAUCAGUGCUCGAAUACGAUCAUGCAACGUUCUCAUCAAACUUCUUACGUGUAUAUUAUACUGUUUCCGUGUAGUAAACGACGAAAGAUCUUAUCCUGAUGAAUUUCCAUUCUCGGAGGCGGAAGCUGCUAAGGAAGAUGUAACACUUUACAAGUACUUAAUAUGGGUAGAUUUCGAUUUCAAAAUUUGGUUUGCACAAACAAUGUUCGCUCUUAUUAGUAUGGUCUACACUAUUUUGGUGUUCUAUCUCAGCUAUUCGGGAAGUGUUGUCAAACUACUCAUUAAUAUCCAUUUCCUCCUCGAAUUGAUCACCAGUUUUCCAUUUAUUCUUUCGAUCUUCAUCCCAAGUUUGACCUACCUCUAUGUACCAGUAUUCCUCAAUUGCUGGCUUGCCAAAGGUGCUCUGCAAGCUAUGAUGAAUGAUCUCAAUAGAAAGUCAUUUAUCAGUUCAUCCGCUCUCUUCCGUCAGCUCCUUCUCUUGUUCUCGGUACUCGCCUGUCUCAUCUUUACCGGAAUGUGCAGUAUUGAACAUUUGCAACGCGCUCGUGGAAAAAGAAUUGAUCUAUUCACAUCUUUCUAUUUCGUCAUGGUCACAUUCUCUACUGUCGGAUAUGGAGACUGGUAUCCAGAUUACUGGGCAUCUCAACUCUGUGUCGUGAUUCUGAUUUGUGUUGCUUUGGGAUUAAUUCCAAAGCAACUCGAUGAACUCGGACAAACAUGGUCGGAACGCCAGAAAUCUGGAACUGACUUCAGCAGUUGGAAUGGUGUUGAAUCCCAUGUAGUUGUCACAAUUACAACACUCGAAGUUGAAUUUGUCCGGGAUUUUUUGGAAGAAUUUUAUGCGCACCCAGAGAACCAGAGAAUUCAAGUUGUUUUGCUGUCACCCGCCGAGCUAGACAACCAAACUCGUAUGUUGUUGAAAAUACCGCUUUGGAACAACCGAGUUCAUUACGUUCGUGGAAGCUCUUUAAGAGAUGAAGACUUGGAAAGAGCAAAUGUGGCCACAUCGAAAGCAUGUUUCAUUCUAUCUGCCCGGCAUGUCAAUCGAAAAGUCGCCACGGAUGAGCACACAAUUCUUCGGUCAUGGGCUAUCAAAGAUUUCGCUCCAAGUGUCAGACAAUAUGUGCAGAUAUUCCGAGCAGAGACCAAAAUGCACAUUGAGCACGCUGAAGUUUUGAUUUGCGAGGAUGAGUUCAAAUACGCACUUUUGGCCAAUAACUGCAUCUGCCCUGGAAUUUCUACUUUCAUUACACUGCUUAUGCACACAUCUCGUGGAGAAGAAGGACAGAAAUCCACUGAACCAUGGCACAAAGUCUACGGAUUCCACUCUGGAAAUGAAAUGUACCAAAUCAAAGUUCAGGAUAGUAGAUUCUUUGGAGAGUAUGUUGGAAAAUCGUUCAGCAGUACCAGCUUCCAUGCUCACAAAGAAUUUGGAAUUGGUCUGAUCGCGGUAGCACCUGAAGGAGAUACCUCAAGAAUGAAGCUCAACCCGGGAUCUUCCCACAUCAUCCAGUCAUCAGAUACUGUUUACUACAUGGGUUUGACCAAUGAAGAAUCACUCACAGACUUCCGAAAAGGAAUUCAAAGUCAACAAAAACGGGCUAAUGUGGCAUCCACUAUUGCUAAUAUAGGAACGGUUGCUGUAGAUGUUCCAAGAACUGAAAAAACAGAACUGGCUAAUAGGAAAAAGAAGAAAAGGAAGGAAAAAGCAGCCGAUGAGAUUCAUCUUAUCGAAGUAGGAGAACACAUUCAAUCAAGUCGGCGUCCUUCCAUUGCAAUGGUCACCGAGGGUAAAAUUGAUAGCUCUUCGGACUCCGACCAAGAGGAAAUCUGUGACAAAUGCAGAGGUCCUUGUAUCCAACACAAACUGCAACGAACUUAUCCACAAGUAAGAACAUAUAUUGGAACAUCCAACACCGUGUGUCACAUGAUGAAAGAACGUCGAUCUUUAUGCUGCUUGAAGUUGGACGAGAAGUGUGCUCACAAAUCUGCAACAUCUGCUCAUGAGUACCAGUGGAGGAACCGUCCCAUCAUCCUAGCAGCUGAUAGAACUAGCAGUGGAAUGUACAAUUUGGUGAUUCCACUCCGAGCUUACUACCGACCUGUGCAUGACUUGCAUCCCAUCAUUAUUUUGCUGGAAUUAGAAGAGCAAGACUCUCUGAAUGAUGCAUUCUUGGAUGCCAUCUCCUAUUUCCCAGAUGUCUAUUGGAUGAAAGGAAAAAUCGGAAAUCUGGAUUGCCUUCUCCGCGCAGGUGUCAGCAGUGCUGAGCAUGUAGUCGUUGUGAAAGAAACUGCAGUCAUUGCUGAGGAGCACACUGCCGACUGCAAUACCAUCAUCACAGUGCAGAAGAUUCAUAGAAUGUUCCCAAGGCUCAGAAUGAUUACUGAACUCACGCACGCUACGAACAUGCGUUUUGUUCAGUUCAAUCCGCACAACGCCUAUUCAUUGGCUCAAUCUAGAUUUGAGAAAAAAGAAAGGAAACGUGGAUCCCACAUGCCAUUCAUGUUCCGUUUGCCAUUUGCACAAGGGGGUGUAUUCAGUGCCAAUAUGCUAGAUAGACUGCUUUACCAAGCAAUCAUCAAACCAUUCGUGGUGGAUUUGGUUCGUCUGCUUCUCGGUAUCGAUCAGCACAGCGAUGGAGGAUAUUUGACAUCGUUUGUGAUUACUUCCGAUGACUUGUGGAUCCGCAACUAUGGACGGUUAUACCAAAAACUCUGUUCUUCGGUUGCUGACAUUCCCAUUGGAAUAUUUAGAACCAAGAAAAUGGACACCAAAACGGUUUCUCUUGACUUGCAAGAGCAAUGCAAGGACUUUGAGUCGACUGAAAUGGGUCGUAACAAGGAUAUGUAUGAUCAUGUGAAAAAUCGAAUGAGACUUCUCAAUAUCAAAGACUCACACACCCUGCUCGAAGGAAGUGAUGAGAAAUCUCAGAUUUCCUAUGUCAUCAUCAACCCAGCACAAGAUUUGGAGUUAGAAUCUGGAGAUAUUGUCUAUGUGAUCAGAAGUCCGAUCCGAAAAGACGCGACUAACGCUCGGAUCAAUCCCAGAAGGGGAUUGCGUAGGAGCAAAAACGUCAGUGAGACUAUGGACUCUUCAAACAAUCAAGUACCAACUAUCGUGAUUGAUGAAAACAACUUGUAA